UAUCACCAGCAUCAUCACGUAGCCUCGGCUGACUGUCUGGAUGAGGCUGUGUAUUACUGAUCUUCCCGAGAAUUAAUGUGGCUUGCCAUUGCCUGCAUUUGAACGACGCCUUUGUACUACGCCCUUGAUUUGUUUACCUACCCAAUCUCGCCCUCGGCAUGAGGUCGACGAUGGGGCUGUCCUGGAAGUGGACAGCGCUCUUCAGCCUUCUGAGUGCAUUUUUAUGCCUAAUUGAGCCAACCUUGGCUGUCAAGGAGCAUGAUUUCAAAAAGUGUGCCCAGGCCGGUUUUUGCAAGCGAAACCGAGACUAUGCCGAUCAAGCGGCUGCCCAGAGCUCGACCUGGAUCUCCCCCUAUCAAGUUGUUCUCGAGUCUCCUUCUCUGAAAGACGGUCAGAUCCAGGCUGUCAUCCUCAAGACGAUCAAUGCCGCUGGCGAAACCGUCCGACUGCCUGUUACAAUCUCGUUCCUCCAAUCGGGUGUUGCUCGUGUCGUCGUUGACGAGGAGAGGCGACAAAACAAGGAUAUUGAAGUCAGGCACGGCAGCGCCGCAAGAAAAGAACGCUACAAUGAGGCCGCCAAGUGGUCCAUUGUUGGUGGUCUGGAGCCGGAUCUGAAGGCCGAAAUUGUCCAUCAAGACGACUCUCAGAUCAACGUCAAGUACGGCCCUGAAGCCAACUUUGAGGCCGUCAUCAAGCUUUCACCUUUUGGGAUCGAUUUCCGAAGAGAUGGUGCCUCCCAGAUCAAGUUCAAUGAACGUGGCCUGCUCAACUUUGAGCAUUGGAGAGCAAAGAUCGAACGGCCGGAGGGAGAGGAGAACACCGAAGAGGAUGAAAGCACUUGGUGGGACGAGUCCUUCGGUGGAAGCACCGAUACCAAGCCUCUUGGCCCUGAAAGUGUAGCCCUCGACAUUUCAUUCCACGGAUACGAGCACGUCUACGGCAUCCCCGAGCACACUGGACCUCUCUCCCUCAAGCAGACCCGGGGCGGCGAAGGCAACUACGCGGAGCCGUAUCGCUUGUACAACGCCGACGUGUUUGAGUACAUUCUGGAUAGCCCCAUGACCCUCUAUGGAUCUAUUCCUUUCAUGCAGGCUCACCGAAAAGAUUCCUCUGUCGGUCUCUUGUGGCUCAACGCUGCUGAUACUUGGGUUGAUAUCAUCAAGACCAAGGGCAGUAGCAACCCUCUGAGCCUGAACGCCGAGGCUCCAAGCAGCACUCAAACUCACUGGAUCUCUGAGGCCGGUAUUCUUGACAUCUUUGUCUUUUUGGGCCCUACUCCUCAAGAUAUCACCAAGAAGUAUGGCGAGCUGACCGGAACUACCGCUAUGCCUCAAGAAUUUGCUCUCGGAUAUCACCAGUGUCGGUGGAACUACAUUUCUCAGGAUGAUGUCAAGGAUGUGGACCGCAGAUUUGACAAGGCGCAGAUCCCGUACGAUGUCAUCUGGCUGGAUAUUGAGUACGCUGAUGGAGUAAGAUACUUCACAUUUGAUCCUCAUUCGUUCAGUGACCCCAUCAGCAUCGGUAAGCAGCUGGACAGCCAUGGCAGAAAACUUGUGGUUAUUAUCGAUCCCCACAUUAAGAGAGUUGACAACUAUCCGAUCAAUGAGCAACUCCAAUCUUUGGAUCUUGCCGUCCACGACAAAGACGGCAACAUCUAUGAGGGUGACUGCUGGCCGGGCCUUUCAAACUGGAUUGACUGUUUCAACCCCAAGGCUCGCGAAUGGUGGAAGACUCUACACAAGUACGAGAACUUCAACGGAACGAUGGAGAAUACCUUCAUCUGGAAUGAUAUGAAUGAGCCCUCAGUCUUCCAUGGCCCGGAGACUACCAUGCCCAAGGACAACCUUCAUUAUGAUAACUGGGAGCACCGAGAUGUUCACAAUCUGAACGGAAUGACUUAUCACCACUCUACCUUUGAAGCUCUUAAGAGCCGUAAGAAGGGCGAGUAUCGACGUCCCUUUGUGCUCACUCGCGCUUUCUUCUCUGGCUCCCAGCGCUUUGGAGCCAUGUGGACGGGUGAUAACCUGGCGGACUGGGGUCACCUCCAGACCUCCAUUACCAUGCUUAUAAACCAAGGCAUCUCUGGAUUUCCCUUUUCUGGCGCUGAUGUCGCCGGCUUCUUUGGGGAUCCCGAGAGUGAAUUGAUUACCCGCUGGUACCAGACGGCUGCGUUUUACCCAUUCUUCCGAGCCCAUGCUCACAUCGACACUCGUCGCCGCGAGCCAUAUCUGCUUGGCGAUCCAUAUUCCGCUAUUGCUACUGCGGCGCUGCGACUGCGAUACUCGCUCCUUCCCUCAUGGUACACUACUUUCUUCUACGCAAAUCGGGAUGGCAGUCCCAUUCUCCGCCCAAUGUUUUGGACGCAUCCUUCUUCGGAGGGAGGCCUGGCAAUUGAUGACCAAUUCUUCCUGGGAUCUACCGGUUUGCUCGUCAAGCCAAUUGCAGAGAAAGACAAGUACUCUACCGACAUCUGGAUCCCCGAUGAUGAGACUUACUAUGAAUACACUACGUACAAUCUGGUGAAGACGCAACAGGGCAAGCACGUCACAUUUGACGCUCCGAUUGAUCGGAUACCGAUAUUGAUGCGAGGAGGUCACAUCAUCUCCCGCCGUGAUAUCCCCCGUCGCUCAAGCACUCUUAUGCGUUUCGACCCCUACACUCUGGUCAUCUCCGUCUCCAAGAGUGGCGAGGCCGAAGGAGAACUGUACGUUGAUGAUGGCGAUAGCUACGAGUAUCAAGACGGUCAAUACAUCUACCGCAAAUUCAGUCUGAAAGACGAUGUCAUUUCUUCAGCUGAUGCUGAGGGACGCGACACGCGAAAGAUUAAGCCUGGCAAGUGGCUCAAGGCUAUGCGAGACGUCCAUGUGGACAAGAUCAUCAUUGUCGGCGCCCCUGCCUCGUGGAACCGAGAGGAGGUGCAAGUCGAGUCAGAAGGACGCACCUGGUCGGCCAAGGUGAAUUACCAGGCUGCCAACGGAGACAGGGCUGCUUUUGCAACUGUCAGCCACAUCCGUGCACGUGUUGGAGAGAACUGGAGCAUCAAGCUGGCUUAGAUGGCUGAGUCGCGGAGCUUUUUGACAGUAUUGAGAUAGAAACGGAUGGUUAUUGGGGGCAAAAUGUGAAGGAGGAUAUUUAGAUGUUUUGGCCAGCUAUUGCAUGUUGUAUGUAGAUGAAUGAAAAAGAGAGCGUUGAGCGCCGUCGU